AUGGCCAUCUCAGACAUCGCUGUCGACUUCUCUUGGUGCUUUGCUGCCUACACUUCAUUCGCCUGCUGGCUCGUCUACGCCGUGUGCCUCGGUAUCUACCGCCUCUACUACAGUCCCAUCGCCCACCUCCCCGGCCCCAAGCUCGCCGCCCUGACGCAGUACUAUGAGUUCUACUACGAUAUCAUCCUUGGCGGGCAGUAUACCUUUCGGAUCGUCAAGAUGCACGAGCAGUACGGCCCCGUCAUUAGGAUCAGCCCCUGGGAAGUCCAUGUUAGUGACCAUGACUUUCACCCUGAGCUGUACGCGGGGCCGCACCGCCGUCGCCACAAGUGGAUAUUCUGGGCAAAGCAGUUCGGAGCUCCUCAUAGCGGCCUGUCCACUCUCGACCACGAUCACCACCGACUGCGUCGCAAUCCAUUGAAUCAGUUCUUCUCGACUAAGAGUGUUCGCGAUCUUCAGCCUAUUCUCGAAGAGCGAGUAGACCGGCUUCUCGGCCGCCUUCGUGGCGAAGCACAGAGCCGUCCGACCGAGCCGAUUGACGUGAUGUAUCCCUUCUCUGCUUACACCAAUGACGUUAUAAAUGAAUACGCGUUUGCGCGAAGCGACCACCUAAUCGAGGAGCCCGACUUUGGCGCCCAUACAACCGACAGCCUCCUCAAAGGCACUCACAUGGGGCCUAUCAUCAAGCACAUGAACUGGGCACUGACCCUCGUGAAUGCCCUACCGGAAUCCAUCUCCGGCUGGGACGGCUGGCUGAAGCUAAAAAACGACAUCCUCCAGCAAAUCGACGAAAUCAAGUCUACGCAGGGCACCAAGCGCUGGGAACUCGACGUCAGCCACCCAACCAUCUUCCACGAGCUGCUCGCCUCAAACGAGCUCCCUGCCAUAGAGAAGGAGACACCGCGGCUUGCACAGGACGGGCAGAUCCUCGUCCAGGGCGGCACACUGACGACGUCGUGGACGCUCUCGCUCGCUGUUUUCCACUUGUGUAACCGGCCUGAGACGCUCACACGCCUGCGUGACGAGCUUUUCGCCGCCAUCCCCAACCGCGACGAGGUCGUCCCGCUCGCCCGCCUCGAAUCACUGCCGUACUUGCGGGCCGUAGUCAAGGAAGCACUUCGCCACGGCGUCGGCACGAGCAGCCGGCUGUCACGCAUCGCGCCCGACGAGUCGUUUGACAUCAACGACCCGGCCACCGGCCACACCCACCACAUACCCGCUGGCACUGUCGUUAGCAUGAGUCCCUACCGCACCAUCAUGAACGAGGCAAUCUUCCCGGACCCGCUCGGCUUCCACCCUGAGCGCUGGCUCAACGAAGACGAGCGCCUUGACUCCUACCUCAUCAUGUUUGGCGGCGGUACCCGCGUCUGUCUCGGCCAGGCCCUCGCACAGGCCGAGCUGCACCUCAUGCUCGCUAAGCUCUUCCGCUGCUGGGGCAGCGGCGGGGUGGUCGGCGGCGACUUGAAGGGCGACCGCCGAGACGGCGAUAUCGGUUCGUUCAGAAUUUUUGAGACAACACCGCGCGACUGUCAGAUGGCAUCGGAUUAUUUCAUCCCGAUCCCUUACAAGGGAAGCAAAGGUUUGCGUUUUCUCUUGGAGGCGAACUGA